CGCGGGAGACUGUCGUUGCAAAUCCAUGGCAAACCUAUGGACCGUCUUUGCCGGAGAUUGGGAUCGAAUCCCAUUUUACUUGGCUCGAAGUUGUUGAGGGUUCCCCGGAGACCCAAUGCACGUCUCGGACCCCUGCGCUAUAAGUCUGCUGCUGCUGCAGCAGUCCCCGAAGAAGUACAUACAACAGCAGCAGCACCUACAACAGCACCUACAGAAACACCAGGGAUUGUUCUUCGGGACUACCAAGAAGAAUGUAUUGAGUCAGUUCUGGAGCACUUGAACCAGGGACACAAGCGCUUGGGAAUUUCACUAGCCACGGGCGCUGGGAAGACGGUCAUUUUCACGCAGCUGAUCGGACGCAUCCCCCCGCGCGAAGGCAAAUAUGAUAAGGCGCUGAUCCUUGUACAUCGAAGGGAGCUUGUCGAACAAGCCGCCCGCCAUUGCCGACUUGCAUACCCUGAUCGAAAGGUCGAGAUUGAGAUGGGAAAUACCCACGCGUCUGGAGAUGGGGACAUCAUCAUCGCCUCGGUGAAGAGUAUCGUGUCAAAGGAUCGGCUUGAGAAAUUCAACCCGGAUCAUUUCAAGUUGGUUUUGGUCGAUGAGGCGCACCAUAUUGUCGCGCAAAGCUACCUUACAGCGUUAACUCAUUUCAACCUCGAUACUCUUUCACCCAAAUCCCCUAUACUUGUUGGAGUAUCGGCCACGUUCGCGCGCUUCGAUGGUCUCAAACUCGGAUCUGUGAUUGACCACAUCGUGUAUCACAAGGACUACAUGGAUAUGAUCGACGAAAAUUGGCUUUCAAACGCCGUCUUCACUACCGUUCGCUCGGAAGCCGACUUAAACAAGGUCAAAAAAGACAAAUUCGGGGAUUUUGCCCUCGCUUCCCUUUCGCAGGCAGUUAACACGGAUAGAAUCAACGAUAUCACCGUGAGAGCCUGGCUGGCUAAUGCCGAAGGUCGUAAGUCUACUUUGGUGUUCUGCGUUGACGUGGCGCACACCACCGAGCUCACCAUGGCGUUCCGGCGUCGCGGCAUUGAUGCAAGAUUUAUCACAGCACAAACUCCUAAGGCCGUACGCGGGGAGCAGCUGCAAAGCUUCAAAAACCAAGAGUUUCCAGUUCUGGUUAACUGUGGACUCUUCACAGAAGGUACUGAUAUACCUAAUAUUGAUUGCGUUCUGCUUGCCAGGCCGACUCGUUCUCGGAACCUCCUGGUUCAGAUGAUCGGAAGAGGGCUGCGGUUGUUCCCUGGCAAGAAGGACUGCCACAUUAUUGAUAUGGUGGCAACUCUCGAAACCGGUGUCAUUUCCACGCCGACCUUACUCGGUCUACACCCUGAUGAGGUGCUACAAAAUCAGAGACUGAGCGAUAUCAAAGGGAAGAAACAGAGUGAAACCCCCUCUGACCGACAGCAGCCUAGUUCCGAGGUUCCAGAUUCCGAGGUUGACUUUGACGAUGAGAACAUCAAGCUCACUUUCACUAAAUAUGACACGAUCUACGACCUUAUCAACGACCUGAAAUCCGAUAAGCAUAUCCGCUCCCUCAGCCGCUACGCCUGGGUUCGGGUGGAUGAGAAUCGAUACAUUCUCAACGAAACGACGGGCUGGCUCACAAUCGACAAAGCACCAGCGGAGGAGUGCGAGGUAGCUGGAGAGAUGUGGACGGUGGAUUAUGUCCAAAUAUACGGAUUGCGGGAAGUACAGAAGAAGUACGCCAAGCCCCGUCGGGUUGCCGUCGCGGCGGACUUUGAAGGGUGCGUCCGCAGCGCAGACACCUUCGCUGCUACCGUCUUCGAGAACCGAAACAUUAGUGUGCGGCAGGCAUGGCGCCGACAACCGGCCACACAACCUCAGCUCGACAGGCUGAACAAGGCGAAGAUCCGGAGCGGAAAAAUCCUUGCCUCGGACUUAACGCGAGGACAGGCGGCGGACCUCAUCACUAAGCUGAAGCAUGGAGGCAAGAAGCGAUUCUCUAAGGUCAUGAAGACACGACAGGCUGCAGAGAUCAAGGCCCGACAAUUCGAGGAGCUGAAAAGAAGAACAGAGGUGAAGGUCGGACCCUUGCAACAGUAGCAUUUGUAUACUAGAGUGAUGAAAAUCCCCCUGGCGUUCGUUCUGAGUCUC